UUCAGGGAGCUGUUGAGUUUGGCGAGCGCCCGGAGAGGCAGUCAAACACAACCGCAAUCGGAGCUCCAUCUUCCGGGGAUAUACACUUACAAACAAAUGAACAGAAAAGCACCAUAGAAAAAAAAACAUGCGGCUUCAACUCCGAGCACAUCUCCCAAAAGGCCAGUGAGUGUCUACCAAGUCACCCACCCCGUCUCUUCGGAGGAUUCCCCCCUCCCCCGCCCGCCGACCCGCACCGACCAGGCAAUGACAGCGGCCUCGGCAACCCCGCAGCAGAUGAGAGACCGGCUGCUGCAGGCCAUCGAUAGCCACAGCAAUAUCCGCAACAUGGUGGCUGUCUUAGAGGUGAUUUCCAGCUUGGAAAAGUACCCCAUCACCAAAGAAGCACUGGAGGAAACGCGAUUGGGGAAGCUGAUUAAUGACGUGAGGAAGAAGACGAAGGAUGAAGACCUUGCCAAACGUGCCAAGAAGCUUCUGCGGAACUGGCAGAAGCUCAUCGAGCCGGGUCAGCCUGAGGCCACGCCCAGGGGGGCGGGGGGAGCUCUGGGCUCAGCCAAUGGCGGCGCUCACCCGUGCCGGGCGGACGCCACCCCCCCUGCGCUCUCCCCGGCGGGAAAGCCGGCCCCCGAGCUGAAGAGCAGGAACGACGUGCACAACACCUACUCGCCCAAGGCGGAGAAAUCGAGCAGCCGCAAGCGCAAGGGCGAGGCACGGGACACCGGCGUGCCACCCAAAAUCCCCAAAACCGCCGCCUACGAGCACACGCACAACUCCACCCCUCCGCCCACCAACGGCAUCGGGGGCAGUCCGGAGACGCCCCCCGUGCCGCCGGAGGCGGACGGCUUCCUGCCGCCGGAGCGGGGCCGGCCGGAGCACCUGGAGAACGACAAGCACGGCAGGAUCCCCAUCAACGCAGUGCGGCCGCACCCCAGCUCCCCCGGGCUCCGCCCGCCCUCCACGUCCUCCCUGCUAAAGACUGCCGUCCUGCAGCAGCACGCCAAAAUGGAGGAGGCGGGGGGAGGGGGGCCGUACCAGCCCCGGAGCCCCCGCUGUGCCUCCUUCAGCCCCCGCAGCAGCAAGCCAGAGGCGGCGGCCAGGUCUCCCACCAGCUACGCGCCCAAAGGGACUCUGCCGAGCCCGUGCGCAAGCUCGCGGCUGGCAGACGGCUCCACCCGCGUUCCCUCGCCCUCCGCGUCGCCGGGGCGGGACGGGCACGGAGACUCCGCCCCCCAGCACAGCGCUGGCACGCCACCUGCCCCGCCCCUGCACCAGGGCUCCCCGCACGCAUCGGAGUGCGCAGAGGCGCUCGGGCGGGGCCUGCCCUCCGAGGCCAGGCCGGAGAGCGACGGUGCCACCUCUGGCUCGGAGGGCAAGAGGCGGAAGAAAAAGUACCGGCCCAGGGACUACACGGUGAACCUGGGCGGCCAGGCGGUGGAGGAGAGGACCAAACCGGUGCGCUUAAAAGAGCGCAGGCUGACCUUUGACCCCGUGACGGGGCAGAUCAAGCCCCUCACUCACAAGGAGUCGUACCAGGAGGAGGAGCCUCCUGGGCCGGUGCUGCCGGAGCCUCGGACAGAGCCCCCGCCCGGAGCCCCCCUCCCCAGCCCCUUCCAGCAGACCAACUGGAAGGAGCUCUCCAGGAACGAGAUCAUCCAGUUCUACCUGAACCUGCAGAGCAACGUGCUCACCUCGUCGGGGGCGCAGACCCCCGGCGCGCACUUUUUCAUGACCGAGUACCUGAAACGGGAGGAGCACAACAUCAAAGAGGCCAGAAAGACGCACGUUCUGGUCCCGGACAGCUCUGGGGCGGACCUGCCGGGCGUCAGCCGUGAGCUGACGCCCGACGACCUCCACAGGAUAAGUAAUGAGCACUGGGCGGGCGUCAACGGCUGCUAUGACACCAAGGGCAACUGGUACGACUGGACGCAGUGCAUAUCCUUAGACCCUCAUGGGGACGAGAGCAAACUCAGUAUCCUGCCGUACGUCUGCCUGGACUGACGACCCGCUCAACCUUCCCGCUUUCCUCUCCGCUGAAGGAGGAGCAGGUUUGUGGGCGGGGCCCAGCAUGGAGGAGAGGGCGGGGCUGCUGAUGCUCUCCCCGUCACCCCCCCAGUGAGGGGGGGGGGCCUCUUUCUUCCAGGGGCCGGAGGGGCUGAUCUGUUGAAUUCUUCCAGCUAAAUUAUCGUAGGAAAGAGAGGGCCCUGUGUGGAGAGCCAUUCCCAGCCAGGGAGCGCAGGGCUGGGAUGAGGGCUACCUGGCCCCCCCACGGCCAGUGGCCAGGCGUAUCCGUGGAGAUGCUGAAAGGUUAAAUGUUAAAGCACGGUCCGCCGCAGGUAAGGGUUGACCUUGUCCAGAACGUGAAAGACGAGAUCUCGCGUGGCCGUUACAAACAGCUUUACAUGGCACAAAAAAUAAAUAAAAUUUCCUUCUCAUGUAUGCAUCUUAUUUAUUUGACUUUAUUUUUCUUUGUUUUGGAAAUUUACAAAAACAAGACGUGCAAAAACUGUAGAGCUGUUGUUUGCAUCACACUUUCUGUUUGAAGAGGCAUACCCAUGUUUUGCACAUGUUCUUUCUCACAAUCAAUGGGUUGGCUAAUGUGGUAGCUCCCAGCAUUCCACGCUGCAUCCCACCACCCCUGACCUUUCACCUUUCAACUUUCUCAUGACCUUCCUCAUGUGAUGCCAUGCAUCUCCACACCAAAUUCUCACUACUCUCAAAAUGAGAAUCUGCAAAAAGAGUCUAUUUUUAAACACAAAAGAACAUGUAUUUUUUAAAUCUGCCUUUUUUCCUUCUGAUUGGUAGAUACUGUAUGAUGAAAGGUUCUUCCUUCUCUGCCCGUUUCCCCUUCCUUCCUGGCCAGGAAAACAGGACAAACGAAUGAAAUGGUUCAAAAUGGCCGAACAGAGGGUGCUACUACAUUGCAACUAUUGUACUGUGAGAACAAGAAAACUAAAAAGUUUGUAUGCUGGAAUUAUACUUGUUACCAUUCCUUUAGAUAUUGUUUGCCUUAUGGAAAUCCAUCACGACACAAUUUUUUUGUUGCAAAAUUAAAAAGAGCCUUAGUGAAUGUACAGGAAUUAGACUUCUGUGUCCAGUUGGUCCAGAAGGGAAUAACUUUGCUAUUUGGUCCUUUUUACAUG